GAUAAUAGUUCAUAAUGAUAUUGCUGAUAUGCGAUUGUUAAAGAAAAGAAUUACUCCUUUAUAAAUAAUAUUGAUAUGACUAUCAGCAACUGGCAUUCAAUUCUGUAACUACUUCAAAUUGUAACACAUCUCUUUUUAUAAUGUAUUCUUAUCAUAAAGAGAUGUUACUACGGAAAAUGUUGACGCUAACAAAUAUUUUAAAAGUGCAGCCAUACAAUUCACGAUGCGUGCCCACCAUAUCAAAAAGAGUUAUGUCUACAGAAUGGUCUAAUUAUUCGCCAAAAUUCAAGGCCUUUAAAGCUAAACAGGCGGCAAUGCAGUGUGACGAUGGAUUACCUGUUUAUCUGAAAGGAGGUACGUUCGAUAAAUUUCUACUGAAUUUAACGGUGGCACUCACGAUAUAUGGCCUCGGUAGUUCACUUCGGUUCCUCUACAGUUUGACAACCAAUUAAAAUAAAUUCCAUUAUUUACAAUUCAAUAUAACUAAUGUUACACGAAGUAAUUGUGUAAUCACCUAAAUGUUGGAUGAAUAAAACUUAUAAUCUUUGAA